ACACGAUCGGAUUGGAAGAGAUCGUUUUGUUCGUUCGAUGCCGACGUGUCUAAUACGCAUACUCUGUUACACACAAUACAUACACUGUACAUACGCAGAUCUUCACCACGGUGUAACCAGUGCGAGUCCAACGCUUUUUACGCAAGUUCAACGUACUGAGAGAAAGAAUUGAAAGAAGAGUAAAGUGUUGUCACGUGGUUUACUGCCUGCCUUGGAUCUUGUUCUAGAAAAGAUUUUACUGGAAAAAGUACAACAGAUUCAUCAUUCAAAUUUAAUUCGAUCGAAGACCGAAUUCUUCAAACUGCAGGCGCAACACAACCCAAAGCAAUAAGAAUGGCGGGUUCUCCGGUGUUGGAGAGCGAAGAAAGGGCCGAAGUACUUGAUGAGCCACUUUUCAGUACUCUGGAUAUCGUCCUUCUCAGUGCCCUUUUACUGGCUGCACUAUGGUGGCUAAUGCGGCGAAAUAAACAAGAAACUUAUACACCAGCUGCAAAAUCCUAUUCCAUUCAGCCAACAAUGUUUCCUACGGUCCAACCAUCAGAGAAUUCAUUCAUAAAAAAAUUGAAAACUUCUGGAAGGAGUUUAGUAGUGUUCUAUGGUAGUCAGACUGGAACUGCUGAAGAAUUUGCUGGUAGAUUGGCCAAAGAGGGUAUCCGAUAUAGAAUGAAAGGGAUGGUCGCUGAUCCUGAAGAAUGUGACAUGGAGGAAUUAAUACAUCUGAAAACAAUUCCAAAUAGUUUGGCAGUAUUUUGUUUAGCUACGUAUGGAGAAGGUGAUCCUACAGAUAAUGCUAUGGAAUUUGUUGACUGGCUAAAAAAUGGUGAUGCCGAUCUUAAUGGACUAACCUAUGCUGUAUUUGGGCUUGGAAAUAAAACCUAUGAACAUUAUAAUGAAGUAGCAUUAUACGUUGAUCACAGAUUAGAACAACUUGGUGCUACGCGUGUCUUUGAACUUGGAAUGGGGGAUGACGAUGCCAACAUUGAAGAUGAUUUCAUCACCUGGAAAGAUAAGUUUUGGCCAGCGGUUUGUGAUUUCUUUGGAAUCGAAGGUGCUGGUGAGGACGUUAGUAUUCGACAGUAUAAACUUACUGAACACGUUGAUUUACCAGCUGAACGUAUUUACACUGGUGAAAUUGCUCGACUCCACUCCUUCAAAAAUCAGAGAGCGCCGUUCGAUGCAAAGAAUCCUUAUUUAGCUCCUGUGAAGGUUAACCGUGAACUUCAUGGUCCAACUUCAGAAAGAUCGUGUAUGCACAUAGAAUUUGACAUAGACGGAUCAAAAAUGCGUUAUGAAACUGGUGACCAUUUAGCAGUAUAUCCUGUGAACAAUACAGAACAAGUAAACAAGAUUGGUGAAAAAUGCGGUGUAGAUUUAGACACCGUGUUCACUCUAACGAAUACAGACGAGGAAUCAACGAAGAAGCAUCCAUUCCCCUGUCCUUGUUCCUAUAGAACUGCUCUGACUCAUUAUUUAGAUAUCACCAGUAAUCCACGUACUCACGUUCUAAAGGAAUUAGCAGAGUAUUGUACCGAUCCAAAAGAUAAAGAAAAAUUGAAAUUAAUGACAUCGACCAGUGCCGAAGGGAAAGCCGCGUACCAUCAAUGGGUAGUGCAAGAAAAUAGAAAUAUUGUGCACAUUUUAGAAGAUAUUCCUACAUUAAAGCCAGCUUUGGAUCAUUUGUGUGAAAUUCUACCAAGAUUGCAGUGCCGUUAUUAUUCAAUUUCUUCGUCGCCAAAGCUACAUCCAACAUCGAUCCAUAUCACCGCAGUCGUAGUGGAAUAUAAAACUCCUACGGGUAGAAUUAACAGAGGUGUAACUACCAGUUGGCUGAAAGAAAAACAUCCAUCGGAUCCACCCUGUUACGUUCCUAUUUUUGUGCGAAAAUCGCAAUUCCGUUUACCAACUCGAACAUCGACUCCUAUUAUUCUAGUUGGCCCAGGUACUGGUAUUGCACCAUUUAGAGGAUUUAUACAAGAACGGGAUCUUGCGAAAAAGGAAGGAAAAGAAGUGGGAGAUACGAUUUUAUACUUUGGGUGUAGAAAAAGAGAAGAAGAUUUCCUUUAUAGAGAAGAACUUGAAGAGUAUGUGAAGAAUGGUAGUUUAAUAUUACAUACCGCAUUUAGCAGAGAUCAACCGGAAAAAGUGUAUGUUACGCAUUUAUUAGAAAACAAUAAAGAUGAAUUAUGGAGAGUCAUUGGUAAACAGAAUGGGCAUAUUUAUGUUUGUGGGUUAGUAUACAAAUUGAUGGUAUUAAUUAUAACGCAUACAUUUGUCUAUAUACAUCUGUUUAUUUUUCAUAGCGACGCGAAAAAUAUGGCUCGUGACGUACACAAUAUUUUAUUGAAAGUUGUAAUGGAGAAAGGAAAUAUGGCUGAAUUAGAUGCCGCUGAUUAUAUCAAGAAGAUGGACUCGCAGAAGCGUUAUUCGAGUGAUGUAUGGAGUUGAAUGAUGCUGUUUAAUUUAAUUUUACGAAUAUUUUGUAAGUUGAGUUUCUGUAAACUUCUUAAAAAUAUGCCUUUAUGAAAAGGCCACUGAUAAUUUUCGUACGGUUGUGCGAUAUGAUGCAUGUAAUCGUUUGAAACAUUAAUUGAUUAGUUAUAAAUAAUAGAAGAAUCAUACAAGCACUAAUUGUAUUAUAUGUAAGUAGUUAAAGAAUUUGUAUAAAAAUCUAUAUUUUCUUCUAUUUUAAUUCUUUUUCUUCUACAGUAUGUUAAAGUUUUUAAUGGGAGUUGAUAUAGUGCAAUAACGAUUUUAAAAUAUAAUUUUAUAUUUGACAGAUAUACUUAAUACCUGUAUAAUACUACGAAACAUUUGAUACAUGUAACAUGAAUUAGCUAAAUUAAAAAUAUUUCACAUAAAA